AUAAAUCACUGACGACGAUGAUAAUUAUCGUUCCAGUUUGAUUCCCAUAUGUAAAAGAAACUCUCAAUUUAAAAGAAAAAAAAUUGUUGUAUCCACUUUUUGUGUUUCGAUUUUUCGAAGUUAAUAAUUUGUGGUAUUAUUUCUCUCUUUUCAGUAAUUUCUCUUUAUUCAGAUUUUUUUUAAUUCUGUUUUUUUUUUAAGUAUUUCAAAAUUUAACUCCUUCUGUGUUAUCUGUACAUUAAUAUAGUCAAUCUGUAAAAAUUAACUAAUUUUAUUAUAUGAAAACUCCACAAACUAAUAUGAUAUAUAUAGUAAACUGCUCUAUUCGUUUCGUAUAACUAUGCGAAACUUCGCAUUACAUGUUUCUAUCUAAUUAGAAUUUAAUAAUAAUUUGUGAUUCAUGUCGGUCGCUAGUAGCACCAUAGAACAGCACAGUACAGUGAUUUUAAUAUAGCGAUAAUCAUGUUUUUCUUACAAAUGUUUAAGACAUUUUUCAACAAAGGAAAUGUUGAUUUCGUCAAUGCAGAUAUCGAUUUUUAUACAUUUUAUCCACAUUUCAGACUAUUAUUAUUAUCAUUGGGAAUAUUUUUUCGGAAUAAAAACUCCCUCCGAAGGUUUGUAGGGAAAUAAUGCCUACUGCAAAAUUAUUAAUUAAUUUUAAAAUGCAUAUAAGUAACUCAGAAGGUAUUUAGUUAAAAUAAACGAAUAAAAGUUCGUAUAGCAUUGUGAACGCAAAAUUGAUCAAAUAAAUAAUUUACUUCUUAGAAAAAAAAUAAGAAAGUUACUAGAAUUCUUGUGUUUUUUCAAUUUCUUGUUUUAAUUAAACCUUUUUUAUAGGUGCAACCGCUUAAUAUGAGAGUCAAAUUUUGUAUCUGACAACAUUGUUCAGCACUAACCGAAGGGGCAUGUCAAUUCGCAAAUCUACAUAAUAUCUCUAUCUCAUUGCCGCUUAUUGGCUUUAUGCUCACUCUUUAAAUGAAAAGGACCUUAGUGUUUUACCUAUUAUAUUCAAUUAAGGCAAUUUUAAUUUUUUAGGUUAUUAUGGCCAACUAUUUGCGUUUUAAUGAUAUGCAUGGCGACGGUAUUUCAAACUAUAUUUGUGUACCACGGUCUCCAGAUACACGAUUACAGCUUCGCUACAGAGUGUUUUUGUUAUCUUAUACUACUUGGUAUCAUACCUAUAGUUUAUGCCAGCCAUGUUUUUAACAAGGAUAAGAUUAUAGAGAUAACAGAGGAUAUGAACAAAGAUUUCUUAAAUAUUUAUCAAUUGGAUGCGAGGCAUAAGUAAGUAAUUAAGGUAAAAGAAUUUAUCAAUUUGAAUUCACAAAUAUUAUUGGUUAAUUAUUAAAAUAUAUUAUUUUUUGUAAUCUUAUAUAUAUAUAUAUAUAUAUAUAUAUAUAUAUAUAUAUAUAUAUAUAUAAAAAUUGUGUCACGAUGUAUGUUGCCAAUAAACUCCAUAACUACUUAACCGAUUUCUAU